AAGGUCUAAGAAAUUGCAACUGAAGAUAAGACAAAAGCACAAUAUUUUACUCAAAAUAUAAAAAUUGCAAUAGACACCUUUGCCUGAGCACUCAGUGGCAACAGAACGCACAAAGAAUUAACUUCUGUACGUGGAUAACGUGCCACCCAUCCCCACGAUUAACAAAAGAAGUGCAAGCACAAGCAUGUCCGUCAUUGAUUUUAUAAAGGGCUUACCCAUAUACGACUCGAACAACUUCACACUGCUGAGCAAUGACCACGGCAUUAGAACAUCGCAAAAGCGUGCCUCCGUUUAUUUGCCCACAGAGGAUACGCCUGACCAGGCGCAGCUAAUAGUGUUGGAUAAAAGGUGCGUACUUCUGAGAUAUCUAACGCAACAGUGGGACAAAAAGACACUCCAGCGAAAGCGCGAACAUGGCAACGACGGCAGCAGUAACAACACCAACAACUCUACAAAUGGCAACAACAGCAAAAAGCGCCCACGCCUGGAGGCCAAUGAGCUCAACUGAGACACUCCCGAUUCUUAUUAAGUACAGCUACUACCGUU